GAAUUGGGUGCAGAGACAAAGAGAUCAUUCACAGCUUAUCAGAUGGAGAUUUUCUGAGUUUUACAACACCAAGAGAGGAGGCAGUCAUCCACCAACAGGUCUUAAUUUGAAGCACGUUCAAUAAAGAAGGGGAAGGACCACUAAUUGUUCUUUGAGGAAUCAAGGGCCAUGGUGCUAAUGCCACUCCAUCUCCUGCUGCUGGUCUUAUGGGUUUGCAUAGUUGAUGGUGACCAGACCAAACCAACCCAACCACCUCUGAUACCUCAUAAGCCUUUCGUUGUAGUCUGGAAUGCUCCCACUGAGUCAUGUCGGCUUCGAUUCAAGGUGGACUUGGACCUCAGCAUUUUUGAUAUUGUAGCAAACCUCAAUGAAACUCUAAGUGGACCAAAUGUCACCAUCUUCUACCACAGCCAUCUGGGAUACUACCCAUACUACUCGAACUCUGGGAUCCCAAUAAAUGGUGGCCUGCCGCAGAACCAAAGCAUCUCCAAACAUCUUGGAAAAGCCCGGGCUGACAUUGACAAGUUGAUCCCCCACAAAGAUUUCCGAGGCUUAGGCGUCAUUGACUGGGAGAACUGGAGGCCUCAGUGGGUCAGAAACUGGGGCUCUAAAGACAUCUACCGCAAAAGGUCCAGGGAACAGAUCCGAAAACUUCACCCAAAUUGGCCAGAGAGCAAAGUUGAAAAGGAAGCGAAGGAAGGCUUUGAGAGAGCUGGACAAGCUUUCAUGAAUCUGACCUUGGCACUGGCUCAAGGUCGCAGACCAGGUGGGCUGUGGGGGUUUUAUCUGUUUCCAGACUGCUACAACUAUGGCUACAAACAACAUCCACAACAUUACACUGGGGAAUGUCCAAAUGUUGAACAUGUUCGCAAUGACCAUCUGAUAUGGCUCUGGAAGGAGAGCACAGCCCUCUAUCCAUCCAUCUACCUAGACUAUGAGCUAAAGUCCUCCUCUAACACAGUCAAGUUUGUCCAUUAUCGAGUCAAGGAAGCUAUGAGGAUUGCAUCCAUUGCACGUACGGACUUCACAUUGCCUGUGUUUGUCUACUCCCGACCAUUCUAUGCCUACACCUUUGUAGUUCUGUCAGAGAGUGACCUGAUUCAUACUAUUGGGGAAAGCGCUGCCUUGGGAGCAUCAGGUGUCGUCCUUUGGGGAUCCUCAGAGUAUGCUCGAUCACAGAGAAACUGCCUAAUGGUGAAGAAGUACAUCAAUGGUCCUCUGGGACAUUAUGUCAUCAAUGUCACAUCAGCAGCUAAGCUGUGCAGCAAAGCAUUGUGCAAAAAGAACGGCAGAUGCAUCCGUAAGAGCCUGGACUCAGACACUUACCUACACCUGAACCCACGCUUCUUCCACAUUCACCACAACUCAGCUCCCAGCGGCCCUCGCUUUCACAUCAGUGGCCACCUAAACAACCACGACAUCCUGGACAUGAAGCAAAAGUUUACCUGCCAGUGCUACCAGGGCUGGACAGGUGUUUACUGUGAGGUACCUCAGACUAUGCCACCUCUUCCUCUUCCUCCCCCACUCCAACCCACUGUGCCGGUACUUCGCCCUCAGGGGAUCAAUCUGCUGGGAGACAUCCUGCUCCUCCUGUCACUCCAUUUCUUCUGUCUAUGUGUUAUCAUAUUCCUGGGACUUUGUUUGAUUAUCAAGUCUCUCAUAUUGUAGACACAAAGACUUUAUUUAGGACCAGAGAGUUGCUGUAAAGUCUUUGCCAAACCACAAGUGAGAUCCGCCACAGUUCAUGCCAAUGUCCCCUAGUUGAAGAAAACUGUUUAUAUUAAAAAAAAAUGAGAAAUUCUCAGAUUUGGCCUAUAAAUGCAAAGCUCAGUCUGAUCGUGGUCUGAUCCAGGCAACAAUGUUUGCAUCUGUGUUAAAGUUCAAUUCAGGAAAAAUGUACACUGG